AUGAAUAUCGUCGAGUGGGCAUUCGGGAAGCGCAUGACCCCGGCGGAGCGCCUGCGCAAACACCAAAGGGCGCUGGACCGGACACAGCGGGAACUAGACCGGGAGAGGGUCAAAUUGGAGAAUCAGGAGAAGAAACUGGUGCAGGACAUUAAGAAGAGUGCCAAGAAUGGACAGGUCGGCGCCUGUAAGAUCCAGGCAAAGGACCUGGUUCGGACAAGAAGGCUAUUUCUCUUCGGAUCCAGGUGGGCGCUUACCCCUCUGACCCCGCCAUCCCUUGUUGUCCAUAGACUUACUUGCGCCUCUCUUCGUGCAGACGGUCCGGAGCAAUGA